CCGCAGCACGCCGGAAGUUUACUCGUUUCCAAGACAACGCCUCCAGCGCCCCACCAACCGGUGGCUGGAGUCGGGACGCUGGAAAGCAACUCGGAGGAGAGGUUACCAGCCCACGGCGGCUGCCGCCAGAGCGACUCGCGGGGAGUAGCAACCGAAGACGGCGGCCGCUUCGGUAGUCAUCGCGUGUGGAGGAUAAACGGCCGACACGGUCAACGCGGCGGCCAGUUAAGGGAAAGAGUUAGCGAAGACCAGGACUUAAGUCCCAGCGAAGACAGGGAAAGAAUCCGUGAAGACGGCGGUCACCUCCGUAGGGGCUCUACAAGAAGACUAAGUGAAGCCAUCGGUUUCUCCCGCAGUGACUCGAGAAGAGUCAAUGAAGACCUGGGCAGUGUCUCUCGGGAGAGAGUUACGGGAGAUGGCCGCCGUCACAGCAGGUCCUGGGAGAGAGUAAGAGGAGUCCAAGGCUUCAGCAGCAGCGACGUGAAUUUAAGUGAAGUCGGGAGCCACCAAACUAGUGACUGUGAGGGACUGGUCAGAGAAGACCGCGGCCUCUGCUUCAGUGAUUCUUGGGUGGGUAUCAGAGAAGUCCCGGGCCCCCAACCCAGCGACUCCGGGGAUAGAGGCAGUGACCACUGCAGACGCCGCCUCAGUGGCUCUUGGGAGGAAGGGAGUGUCGAUGGCGGCCACAGCCUCAGUAAUUCCUGGGAGGGAGUAAGUGAAGACCGCGGCUACGCGGCCAGCGACUCCUCCGGGGUGAGCGGCAGCGUAGACGCCAGCCGCUGCCUCCGUGGCUUCUGGGAGAGAGAAAGCAUUGACCAGGGUUUCCGCUGCGGGAGCUCCUGGAAGAAAACCAGGGAGGACCGGGUCCCCGGUCUCAGCGACGACGAAGAAGGCAGCCGCUGCAGUGGCUCGUGGGUGACAGCAAGUGAAGAUCGCCGCAGCAGCGGGGGCCUGGACUCGAGUCCUCCCCAGAGUCCGAGGGAUCGCACCAUGCCAGGGGUGUCCGAUUCAGGCCUCUCCACCUCCUCGAGGGAGACUGCAACCCCGUGUGCCCGGAAGAAGGUGCAUUUUGGUAGCAUACAUGAUGCAGUACGGGCUGGAGAUGUAAAGCAGCUUUCAGAUAUAAUAGAACGAGGAGCCAGCAUUAAUGAAGUUGACAUUCUCCAUAAGUUUACCCCUUUACAUUGGGCAGCACAUUCUGGAAGUUUGGAGUGUCUUCAUUGGCUCCUCUGGCAUGGAGCUGAUAUCACACAAGUAACCAUGAGAGGUUGGACAGCAGCUCACAUAGCUGCAAUCAGAGGUCAGGAUGCUUGUAUGCAGGCUCUCAUAAUCAAUGGGGCAAAUCUGGCAGCUCAAGAUGAUUGUGGAUGCACUCCUUUACAUCUUGCUGCAACACAUGGACGUUCUUUCACUUUACAAAUAAUGCUCCGCAGUGGAGUGGGAGAGAGCAUGAGUGGGAGGGGCAGAGGGACAGGGAAUGGGAAUCCCAAGCAGACUCUUUUUCACUUAGCAGCCAUGGAAGGUCACCUUUACUGCUUUAAAUUCCUCCUCAGUAGAAUGAACAGUACAACACAAGCUUUAAAAGCCUUCAAUGAUAAUGGAGAAAAUGUAUUGGAUCUGGCCCAGAGGUUCUUUAAGCAGAACAUUUUGCAGUUUAUCCAAGGGACUGAGUAUGAAGGAAGUGAUCUGAAAGAUCAGGAAACCUUAGCAUUUCCAGGUCAUGUGGCUGCCUUUAAGGGUGAUUUGGAAGUGCUUAAGAAACUAAUAGAAGAUGGAGUAAUCAAUAUUAAUGAACGGGAUAAUAAUGGAUCAACUCCUAUGCAUAAAGCUGCUGGGCAAGGCCACAUAGAGUGUUUGCAGUGGAUAAUUAAAAUGGGAGCAGAUAGCAAUAUUACCAACAAAGCAGGGGAGAAACCCAGCGAUGUGGCUAAGAGGUUUGCCCAUUUAGCAGCUGUAAAGCUAUUAGAGGGGCUACAGAAAUAUGACAUAGAUGAUGAGAAUGAAAUUGAUGAAAAUGAUAUAAAGUUUUUUUUAAGGCAUGGUGUUGAGGGAAGCACUGAUGCCAAGGAAGAUUUAUGUCUCAGUGAGUCGGAUAAGACAGAUGCCAGAAUGAGAGCUUAUAAGAAAAUUGUUGAGUUGAGACACAUGCUGGAAAUUGCUGAGAGCAACUAUAAACACUUGGGAGGGAUAACAGAAGAAGAUCUAAAGCAGAAGAAAGAACAGCUUGAGUUUGAAAAGACCAUCAAGGAGCUGCAGGGCCAGCUGGAGUACGAGCGGCUUCGUAGAGAAAAAUUAGAAGGUCAGCUGGAUGAGUAUCGUGCAGAGGUGGAUCACCUCAGGGAGACGCUGGAAAAGAUUCAGGUCCCCGACUUUGCUGUGGAAGAUGACUUUUCUUGUGAAUCAAGCAAAGAAAAGAGGCGAAUUAAGAAAAAGGUGUCUUCUGGGGGAGUUUUUGUGAGAAGGUACUAAUCAGUGAAAUAACCUUAAAUAAACUUGCUUGAUUUUUCUCUUUUAUUUUUAAAUUGAUAUAAAUGUAAAUCUAUAUAAAUUCUCCUCAGUCUUAUAUACUAUUCCAAUUCCGAAGGCAGAAAUAUGUUAUAUAAUGUCAAAGGGACUGCUAAAAUUACACGCACUUAGCUGGACCCCCUCCCAAAAAACUUUUUAUAUAUUUAUGUAGGCAAGACUAUAUUUAUGAGUAAUUAAUUUUGCAAAUAUUCAUACAAACUUUAAAAUUUAAGGCGGUACACUCUAAUAGAAGAAAUGUAGACAUUAAAAUAUCUUUUACUUUCUAGAGAGUAUCAUUUUUUAACUUUUCAGAUGACUUUUAAAAAGCAUCUGGACUUGGGAGAAAAUACAAAAUAGGACGAGUAAAUUUUAGAAAAGGGCAUCAUUACAGUAACAACCAAAUAUCUCAGGAAAGUUUUACAUAAAAUAAAAAUCUGCUCUUGUAAAAGAAAAAGAACCCCAUAAUACAUGUUUGCUAAGAAUACUGAUUUAAAUAAUUUUAGAAUUCAACCAUUGUUCUGUCUUGCAAGCUUUAUAAGAAAGCAGUAUAAAAAUUAGGCCGACUGGACAGGAUAAAAAACACAUGGCUUUAUUAUUCUCUCUUCCCUUCCUCCUCCACCCCCUGACGUUACUGACCAAAAAACGACGACAGCAUUUCAUUUCAGUUCUGACUUCAUGCCCUCCUUUCUAACUCUACCCACUUCCUCCUCGAUGUAGCCAAUUUGUGACUGUCUUGGGGCAGUUGUCUAGAUCUGCCUCCCCCUAAAGAUCUGAUUUUUGGCUUUGGGCCUGUCAGCAGCCUUCUCACUACACAUCGGACUGCCCAACCUCGGGGCUCUAGCACGUACUUUCCGUGGACGCUUAAAGGCCAUUCUGACACAGUAUUGUCAGGACCAGUUUGCCCUGACAUGAGUCUGUUUGAGUGCGCAGAGCGAGACCAGUUCAGGCUGGUCAGGGGUCUGUAAGCAAGUUUUAAAAAAAUGCCUUACCCGUCCUUUUGAUAACCUUUAUAAUCAUUUGUUAGUUUCUCUGUGGUUUGCAAGAGGCCUUCGAUCUGUAAUAAAACGUUAAUUUGGUACAUACUCUGUGUGAGACCUGUGCCAAGUCCUUUCCAUGUAUUAUCUAUCUCUUAAUUCCCACCACAGCAGGAGAUAGGUAUAGUUUACAGAUGGAAAUUAAGUAAUUUGGGCAGAAUCCCACAGCACUAUGAAGCCAGGAUUCUAACCUCAGCGGGGAAAGUUCAGAGUCUGCAUUUUUAACCACUAUAGGAAUUCCCAAAUCAGUUUCUCACCUUGGGACUACACACAGUAGUAGUGUACUUCCUUCUUCCUUCUAGGAAGACCCUAAAGUGAAUCCCAACACUGUACACAGUUUGUUAUACUUGCUCCAGUUUUCUCAAGGCCACUUCUCCAGUCUCUCUCUGUACCAGUGAGGUAGGAAAUAACUGGAAGAGUGUUGUCAUAGAAGCAUGCACUCUUGGAGUUUCCUUGGUUGUCCCCCAGUACCUGUUUUCCCUUUUUGCACAGCCACCUGGCCUUGUGGCUGCUCAGGAUAAAGACUAACUUCCCAAUCUCCUUUGCAGCUAAGACACCAAGUUGUAGCCAACAGAGUGUGAGCAAAAAUGGUGUCUAUAACCUCAGGGUCAUGACCUUAAAGGGAAGGGGCUUGCCCACAUCUUGCCCCUUUCUGCUUCUGGAAUGUGGAUAUGGUGGUGAGUCACCUGGACCUUGUGAAUGGGUGACACCAGGGAUGGUAGAACAAUAAGAUAAAAAGGAUCCUGCGCCCGGAAACUGUGGAGCCGACAUACUAGCCUAGGAAUGCUUAUACCUGGACUGUAGGUAAGAGAAAACUUAAACCCCUUUGUUAUCUAAACCAUUAUUAUUUUGGGUGUUAUUAUAGCCACUGAAUCAAACUUGUAAUAUAAUCCUGAAAUUAUAUGUAUUUAAUCAUAAAUCACAUAUAUGUAUUACUGUCCUGUUAUGCAUGGUGUUUUCCAACACAAUCAAUUCUUGGAUUUUCUGGACACUGUCUGGGUGUUCAACGAUUCAAUUCUGAGACUAACUUCCCAGAGUUAGUUAGCGUCAGACUCCAGAGGUUAAGAGCUCUGUCCCAUAGGAAGGUCCCCAUUUCAGACACCCUUUUGCAAGUCCCAGGUUGUCACUGGUACUUCUGACUCAUCAGCGGUACAUUUGGGGUUUCCUGAACCCCUUCCUCAGGUUCCAGUUGGCUGGAAUGACUAACAGAACUCAGAAAUUCUAACACUUGACUGUCACCAGUUUAUUAGAAAGGAUACAUCUCAGGAACAGCCAAAAGGAGGAGCAUAGGGCAAGGCAUGGAGCGAGAGGUGCUUGGGGCUUCCAUGACCUCCCUACCUGUGCCACCCUCCCAGCACCUUGAUGUGUUCAGUGGAUUGGCCAGUGGGAACUGAGCUCAAUCUCCAGGUCCUUUUCUGUCCUCCCCCUUUCCCAGAGGUUGAGUUGGGAGGUCAGGGAGGCUGAAAGUUCCAAUCUAUAAUCAUGCCUUGGUCUAUUUGGCAACCAGUCCCCAUUCUGAAGUUGUUAUAGAAGGGCUCCUGGCCACCUAUCAUCUCAGCAUAUAAAACACACUCUUACCAUUCAGGAGAUUGGAAGGAUUUUAGGAGCUUUGUGCCAAGAAAACAGAAGCUUGUAAUUACCCCUAUCAAGAAAGUGCAAGGGUUUUAGGAGAGCUGGGCCAGGAACUGUGGAUAAAGACCAAAUAUAUAUAUAUAUACAUACACACACAUAUAUAAAUUAUGCCAUAUUAAUGAAACACAAAAAUAGAAGUGAAAAAGAUGUUAGCUAGAAGAAGAAAUGUUUUUUUCCCGUGCCUUAGAUUGUUCGUUCAUCUCUCGAGAUAGGGGCCUCAACUUGUAAGCGACUAGAGUACCGAGUAAGAAAGAGCCUGGCAUUUAAAGACUGUGUGAAGUUACAGCUGUGUGACCUUAACUUCAUUUAGCUUGUUUUUUCAGCUGUAAAAUAAUAAGGAUUAAUACCACCCCUAAGAGGACUGCUUUGAGGAAAAAAAAAAAGGUGAGUUGAUAGAUAUUAUUUAGCAUAUUCCCUCUUGUACAGUCUGUGGUAGCUAGUAUUCAACAAAACAACAAUCAGGACAUUCAGCACUGGUGACCAUUGCUUUUUCCAUUGCCUUGUUUUUUUCUUUAUAUUAAAAAAAUACUGCAUACUUUUAAAUAUUCAUGUAUCUAAAUUCUUAAAGAUUGACAAAAUGGGAAUUAUAAACUUUGUUUUUCAAAUAUGGUGAAGGGUGUUCACUGACUCUCGACUAGUCCUUAUAUGACCCUGCCUCGUCUACUUUGUCACCAAAUAGAAGUUUACUGAAUUUAAGUGAAUCAUAAAAAAAAAAAACCCAAAACGCCUCUUCAUUUUAUGUAAUAAAUUUAAGAUGGGUUCCUAAGAAGCAGGGAUAAACUGGUUUUUGUGAAUCAAAAAACUCAAGUAUAUGUAAAAUAAU